AUGGAGGACCAAGACAUUCGCCAGCAGAAGCUGGACAAUCAGCGAACGCUUUUGAUCAAGAAGCAGCAGAAAAGACGAGCCAAUGCUCAGAUGAUGACGGCCAAUCAAGAAGCUCGACCAAAGAGCCGCAAACAGAAAUCUGGGGCUGAAGACACAGCACUGCUGAUCAGCCAAUCUCAGAGCAACACCUCGCUAAACGAUCCGCUGCUGGAGCAGGCUCAUGAUAACAUGCUGGAGGAGAUUAAUCUGGGUGAAAUGAACAUCUCACCUCAGACGGUAGUGAUAUCAGAGGAAACCCCUUCACCUGUUCCACUCAUCAUUAAGACAAUUGACUUGGAUACAAACAAUCAGCUCAGCCCUAAACACCCAGCAGACCCACAGAGCCAAGCAGAGGGGAAAAAGCCCAAGAAAAAAGGAGUUAAAAAGGCUCAGAUGAAAUCACUCAAUCCUGAGGAGAUGGGAGAAGGAGAGGAAAAGAAAGAGAAGAAAACAGUGAAGAAAAAAGAAAAGAAAAAUGACUCUAAAGAGAAAGCGAAGAAAACGGAGGGAGAUCCAACAAUUCAGACUGAGUCUGUGAUGGAGUUCAACAUCACAGAGGAAAAGAAAGCUGAUGUAGGAAGUGAUGAGGAUGACAGAAAGUACUGGUCGACAAGCCCGGUGCCUCCAACUCCAAAGAAAAAGCAAUAUUUCUCUGCCUCAAGGUGCCAUCUGAGUGACAGUGUGGAUGAGAAUGACGCUGAGGAGGAUGACAGGCAGAUUGUACAAAUACAGAAAAAGCCCAAGAAAAGCACAAAGAAUGACUACAACCUCGCUUCACUGAACUCUAACUACAGGCAGUCCUCCUCAGAGAGUGACUGUUCAGACAUGGGAAAGGCUUCGCCAGUCUCUCUGGAGGAUUUGGAACAGUUUGCUCUCCGGCCUGCUCCGAGGGAUGUAACUAUCCAGUGUCGGAUCACCAGAGACAGAAGAGGAAUAGAGAAAGGAAUCUACCCCACAUACUACCUCCACAUGGAGAAGGAGGAUGGGAAGAGGGUAUUUCUCAUGGCUGGCAGAAAAAGGAAGAAAAGCACAACGUCUAAUUAUCUGAUCUCCAUUGAUCCUACUGAUUUAUCCAGAGACACAAGCAGCUACAUAGGCAAACUUAGGUCAAAUGUUUUAGGGACUAAAUUCACCGUGUAUGAUAACGGGGAGAAUCCAGAGAGGAAAGCAUUCAUAAAGGAAUCUGAAUCACUUAGAAAAGAGCUUGCAGCAAUAUGUUAUGAGAAAAAUAUACUGGGCUUUAAAGGCCCCAGAAAAAUGACAGUGAUCAUUCCUGGAAUGCACGAGAAUGAUGAGCGAGUCAGUAUUUGUCCUAAAAGUGAGCUUGAAUCUCUGCUCACUCGUUAUGAAAAUGGAAACACUGAGAAUCUGGUGUGUCUGGUGAAUAAGUCUCCCAGCUGGAAUGAGCAAACUCAGUCUUAUGUGCUCAACUUCCACGGCCGAGUUACGCAAGCGUCUGUGAAGAACUUUCAGAUUGUUCAUCCAGAUAAUGAGGAUUACAUUGUAAUGCAGUUUGGGAGGGUGGCGGAGGAUGUGUUCUCCAUGGACUUCAGCUUCCCCAUGUGUGCACUGCAAGCAUUUGCCAUCACUCUGUCCUCCUUUGAUGGGAAACUGGCUUGUGAAUAAACUUUAAACUAUGUGAAUAAACUUAGACUAUAUUUUAA